AUGGAGGAGGAUGGGUACUCCAAAAUAGUCAGCCACCCAAAUCUUCCUUGCUUUUCUAACCUUGGAAGUGUUGGUAACAAGAAAAGUUCUUCUGUUUUGUCACGCGUCUUUCAGAGCGAACAUGGUCCACAAGUUGAGACUACACUAGCAUUUAGCAGAGGACACACUGAAAGUAGUGGACUUAAUACUCCAACUCCACUUUCACAAUUCACACGUCACUUUGAGAGAAACGCUUCUGAACCACUCGAUAUGUGUGAGAUGAAUGAAGUUAAUUCACAAUGGGAAAGUGGAGAUAAAGAGGUCACGGAUCAGGAAAUUGAACCUUUCCUCAAACGAAAAUGA